CGGCGGGACGGCGCAGGGGAGCACGGCGCGGCGCUGCGGGGGAGGGGAGCGCUGAUGCAAGAGGCGAGCGCGGCGGUCGCGGGUACCGGCUGACCGCGUCCCUGAGCGCCCGCCGCUCCGCCCUUCUCUCGCUCCGCUCCGCGCGCGGCCGCAGCCAUGUCGGGCGACGAGAUGAUUUUCGAUCCCACUAUGAGCAAGAAGAAGAAGAAGAAGAAGAAGCCCUUUAUGUUGGAUGAGGAAGGAGGGGAUACACAAGCAGAAGAGACUCAGCAAUCAGAAACAAAAGAAGUUGAACCAGAGCCAACAGAAGACAAAGAUGUUGAAGCAGAUGAAGAAGACAGCAGGAAGAAAGAUGCAACAGAUGACCUGGAUGAUUUAAACUUCUUCAAUCAAAAGAAAAAGAAGAAAAAAACAAAAAAGAUAUUUGAUAUAGAUGAAGCAGAAGAAGGCGUAAAGGACUUGAAAAUUGAAGGAGAUGUGCCAGAGGCAGUAGAACCUGAAGAUGACCUUGAUAUCAUGCUGGGCAAUAAAAAGAAGAAAAAAAAGAAUGUGAAGUUUCCAGAUGAAGAUGAGAUAAUGGAGAAGGAUGAAGCUUUUGAGGAUGAAGAUAGCAAAAAAGAUGAUGGAAUUUCUUUUAGCCUUCAGUCAGGACCUGCGUGGGCAGGCUCAGAAAGGGACUACACAUAUGAUGAGUUGCUCAAUAGAGUAUUUAACAUCAUGCGGGAAAAAAACCCUGAUAUGGUAGCUGGAGAAAAGCGAAAAUUUGUCAUGAAGCCUCCGCAGGUUGUAAGAGUAGGGACCAAGAAAACAUCUUUUGUCAACUUUACAGAUAUCUGCAAAUUAUUACAUCGUCAGCCAAAACAUCUCCUGGCAUUUUUGUUGGCAGAAUUGGGUACAAGUGGCUCAAUAGAUGGUAACAACCAACUUGUAAUCAAAGGAAGAUUCCAGCAAAAACAGAUAGAAAAUGUCUUGAGAAGAUAUAUCAAGGAGUAUGUCACCUGUCAUACGUGUCGGUCACCAGACACAAUCCUACAGAAGGACACCAGAUUAUAUUUCUUGCAGUGUGAGACCUGCCACUCUCGCUGCUCCGUCGCCAGCAUCAAAACUGGUUUCCAGGCUGUCACAGGCAAGAGAGCACAGCUCCGUGCCAAAGCUAACUAGUUUGCUAAUCAACACUGGAUUUUUGCAAAGUGUUCUGGGGAGAUAUGACUGGACAGGUUUACAAUCGGAAUGGAUUUACCAUUGUAUUAAAACAAGAUUGUAAAAACUACAAGAAAUUUGGCUUUUGAUUGAUUGGUCUGUGAAAUCCUUGCAAGAUGCAGAUCCUCAAGCUGUUCACGUACAUUUGUUCAUUGAUUAUAUUUUACCAACUGUAAGGAACGUGAUGGGAAAGGAGGUGCUUUUUAAUCCGUUCAGACUUCUGUAAAACACAAGAUAAAUUAAAGAUACUAUAACAGUGAGUGUCUUCGAUUUGGAUUUUUCCUUCAGUUUCCUCUUUAAACAGUUCAUGGGAAUGGUUGGUGUGUAGUUCUGCAGAUCAUGUCACUGAACUAUGUCCAAGACCCAGAAUAAAGUUUAGGAUAAAGGUUAUUUUGCUUUUACAUAACAAGCUUAUUUUUAGCUAGGCUAUCACUAAACAGAGAAACCAGUCGCAAAAAGUCACAGGGAUGAUAAACCAACAUGAGAACUGCUCAUGCUGUUAUAGCCACAUUAAUAUGGGAAUGCAUUUUGCACAGAAAGUGACAUCAGGACAUGUUGAUACUGCUUAAUUAGGCAGAAUGUAGCUCUGAGAUUGUUCAGACACCAUAUUGAUGCUGAAUCUUAACAUAGAAUUGAUAAACUGUACUGUAAGCUUUCAUAGUGUCAUAGUACUAAAUUUUGCAAUUUCUAAUAGAGAAAUGUUUAUAUUUCUAAAGUCCUGCACUCUUCACCACUUUAAAAAGAAUCUAACUAAAUGCAGCAAAAAAAAAAAAAUACAGGUAACUGUUAUGAUGGCUGCAACACACUGUCUUAUCUAAAUCUUGAAUUUACAGAAGAUACUGCCAAGUAGUUUGAGUUCCAAAUUAACUCAUUAUGCUUCUUGAUGGUAACGUGCACUUCUCCCUGCUAGCAGUCAGUAUCGGUGAUCCGUAGGGGACAUGCACAGUGCUGUCCUACCUAGUUUUUCUAGUGCUGUAGAAAUUUUGUUACAGCUGCCAAGUACAAGAUGCAAACGGGGAGCGAAGUCCUUCUUGAGGACAGUUUUCAUGUGCUCGCCAAAGUGGCGCAGGGUCAGGAUAAGGUGUAGGAGCUCAGGACCCUGGGCACCUAGCGCUGCAGGUAAGCAGAGUAGCCUCCUCCCCAGAGAAAAUGGUGGUAAUUUUGAAUGCAAUUCAUCAAAUACCAGAAACUGAAGGGUUUCUACCAAGUUUUAAUCUUUGUAUGUAUGUUAAUACAGCACACAGUCUUGCUGGGAAGUCACUUACUUGCUAUUUGAAAAUUUGACAGCACUGUAAGGCAAAAAUCAAGGUUUUUAUGGUUGGUUUCUUAAAAGCAUUUUGAAUUUCAAGUGAGCUAUAACAAAUGUUGGAUGUAUCUUUAAGUGAAUAAAGCCAGGAUCAGUGCCUCUUGUAA